UUCCUUUGCACAACGGCAGGAGACAGUCUCAGCUUCGUCACGUGAAACCAGCCAUUAUCGUUCUACUCUUCACGAUGCCAGUGGUGAAGUGUUUGCGCGGGUACUGCGACAUCUUAAACUUCAGGCCCAUACACUUUGAAGAGACGCUUCCCGACGACGUAUGCUGUAGCGUAUGUGACGUGAUUCCCGAGAUUUUGCUGGGACUACCGUGUGGACACAAAUACUGCGGGGCGUGCUACGACCAGGCCGCCAGCCGGAAGCCUGCUCGCUGUCUGCUUGACCAGGUACGCUGGGGUUGCGACUUCGUCGGCUGCGAAUGCGAUUGCCGCUGCGGCUGCCACUGCAGCUGCGUCUCUAAAACCUCCGUGUUUACGCCUGUCCUAGAAGAGAAGAAAGUGCGAUGCAUCAACGCCAACGAGGGAUGCAGUUUUGUCGGCAGCCUCAAUACCUUGAAGGAACACUUCCAGGUAGACUGUCAGUUCCACGUGGUGACCUGCGGGAGGUGCGCUCAACACGUGCCGCAGAAGAGAUUUCUGGAGCAUCUUACCGGUGAUUGCAGGAGCGGGCGAACGAUAAGCGAACUUAAGAAGACGAAUGAUGAAGUCGGAAGGGUAAUAGAAAAACUCAGCGUGGCAAAGUGUGCCACAGAAGACAACAUCAACUCGGUUCUCGCCUGUACCCAAGCCUACGCAAAAGUUACCAACAACUUGCAAACGCUCCUCCAAGACUGCUUGCCUCGAAUUCACCAAACAGAGAAGGAAAUGUUGCAGAAGGUCGGCAGCGUCCCAGUCUUUGAGCCCAGUUUGGAAGGCCAGAGAAGAGGUUCUUGUUUUUUGAGGAACUUCAGUGCCAAAAUGCGAAGUGCCGCGUCCUACGCGAGCGAUCCUUUUAACGUGGCGGGAUACCCGUUGCAGGUGGGCCAGACUUUCGUCAGGCGUUUUGCGGAUCAGUUGUACGUAUAUUUAUCUCUGGUCACCUCAGUGAGGAGGACCACUUCGCAAUGGCCGAUCCGGAAGACGUUCUUUCUGAUCCUGGUACACCCAGAAGACCCCGGCAAGAACAUCAAGCACGCCAUCAUGCCGUCAGAGGUGGAGCACGUAGACGUCUAUUUCACCAGGAUCCAGAACAAGGCCAAUAGGAAGAUACAAAAACCCCAGGACAAGUGUUUCAAGACCAGUGAACUGCAGUCGGAUGGCUUCGUCGUGGAUGACGCACUGCGAGUGAUCAUUGAGACAGAGGGUUGACACCGUAUACGUGGCAGCCAACACCGUCGCAAGAACAAAGAACUAUAGUCACUAAGACGAUGACUGCGGCAGGGCGCCUCCUUUCAACGCCCGGCCUUCAGCAUGCUUUCGUUGCCUUCCUACAUGCUUUGGCUGCGUGUGCACACUCGAGGCUCAGAAUACACCGAAGCAUAAUCGAAAGUAGGAACCUCGCGCUGAAGGCGGGACAACUGAAGUUCCUUUCUGCCGUUUUCACCUUGUCAGCGAAUAUAUAGCACACGAGAGCAAACUGAAAAAUUAAUUGCACAAGGACUGACUUCGAUGUUGAGAUUAGUAGUUAUUUGCAUGUUGAUUGUUGACGGUGUUAUAGUUAUUUAUAGUUAUUUGCAUGUUGCAUGUUGACGGUGUAUAUACAGUUUCAUGUCAUAGACAUAUAUUUGUAUUUCAAUUAAUCGUUUGGUGCAAUAUUUUCAAGGGAACGCACACUAGAUAAAAUAAGUGAGUGUCAUCACGCCCUGUGCCGUAAUCUCUCAAAUAAAAAAUUAAAAAAAAAACUGGACCCUUUACUUCACGCUGCGACCACUAUCGGAAGCCGCCGGUUUUUGGUCGUGUACAGUGUGUACAGUAUAGCGUGUAUGGGAUUCAAAUUUUCUGAAAUAAGUUUAAAUAAAAACGAUAUAAGCGAGUAACGUUUUGGUCGGUUUUCUAAAGAAAUUAAGCCCAAUUUUUCCCUUCGCAUUUGUGAAGAGUACUCGCGGCAUUUGAAAUAUGCAAAUUCGUUUAGACACGCUUCUAGUUUAAACGAUAUUUUGGUGAGGAAUUUAUCUAAUGAAAACCUAUCCUAGUUUAGAUAGGGUCAUUGUUUAAUAAGAGAGAAGAGUUGUUGCCGGGAAAGUGAAAGUGAUGUUUCAUUUAAAAUAAAAUUCAGAUUCCAA